GAAGAUAAAGAUUCGUUGUAGUUGGCUUUCUAUAAACUGUAGUAGAAUAAACGUUAUUUUCGCGUAUAAUUAAGAGAUCUAGAAAUGGCAGACGAUUAUUACUUUCGUAUUCAAUAGUAAACUUGAUAUUUGAAUGCCAGUUGUUAAUACAAGACAGAACCGAACAAAUUUUACUUCUGUAGAAAAACUACAAAAGUAAACUUUGAUGAUCUCUCAUAUAUGAUGCACACCGAUUGAGAUUGUGCAAUUACUUAACGGUCAGUAUCACUCUAUUUUUACGAGUAGUAUAAUGCCGACCUCUAUUCUUACGAGGUUUUCAUGUAUAACGCCCAUAAUGUUGCCAUGGUAAAACUACUUGUUAGUUAAGUAACUGCACAAUCUCUCAGUCCGUGUGCAUCAUAUAUGAGAGAUCGUCAAAGUUUACUUUUGCAGUUUUUCUGCAGAAGUAAAAUUUGUUCGGUUCUGUCUUGUAUGUAUACAUGGACUGUCUUUGUGUGUUACAGUUUGCUGCAUAUCCAUAAAGUGAUGAAUGACUUUGUUUUUUGUUGAAGAUGCAGAAAACGUCAUCGACAUAACGAAGCCAGAUCUUAGGUUUAUUGAUGGAAAAUCGACUCAGUUUCUGCUCUAGCUUUGAGACGAAAAUAUCAGCAAGAACUGGUGCAAUGGGCGAGCCCAUAGCUACACCGUCUUGUUGAACAUAAUUCUCACUGUAGAAACGAAAAGAUACAUUCAAUGAUGACAAUUCUAGAAGUUUUUUGAAUUGAGAUCGAUUAAGUGAGCAUUUCGCCGGCUGUUUGUUGUUUUGAUAGAGAACGUCCAAAGCUGCCUCGAUCGCUUCAUUUACAGGUAUGUUAGUAUAUAAGCUCUCAAUAUCGAAACUGACCAUUAUUUCUUUUUUGUUCGUCUGCAGCUUUGUGACUUUUUUCAUAAGUUCAAAACUAUCUUUAAUAAACGAUGGAGACUUCUCUCUUUCUUCAGAUAAAAGGCUUCUCCUUUUCUUCACUUGAAAAUGACAGGAGAAUGUCGAAAUAUUGUGUAGAAUAAAGAAUGUGAUUUAGUUAAAUCAUGAUUUUUACAGCAGUUGCGUACUUUCUCAAGUUAUUCAAUAUUACUACUGCUCUAUCUUCUUCAUCUCAUUCACAUUUUUAUUGUAAUUCAGUAGACUAACAAAAUCGGAUAAAACAGUUUCUUUCAAAGAAAGAUGAGAAGUUAAAUAGAAAAAUAUAAAUUUCUUCAGAUUUUUUCAUAGACACAUGUUUAUUUCGAAUUCAAUAAAAUCGAUUUAUCUGUCUCAUGAAAUGUAAUGAAUAGAUUUGAUAAUAAAUCAAUGUACUUUGAAAAAGCAUUAAAUGUAAAAAAACAAAAUCUGAAUAACUGCUAUUAAUUCACGUAUUUUUAUUGUUUACUUCAUGUUUUAAGUCCAUUUCUUUAGAAUCAAUGACAACAACUUUAUUAUCAUCACCACCGACAUACACAAAUGAAAAACUUAAACAACAGAUUAAUGAGAACAAAGAUAACGUCUCGGUAUUCUUGACCGGCCAAGGUUUGACCGAUGAUGAUAUGGAAAUAGUUGCAUAUUAUCUGUUACGAGAUAAUAAAACGCUCGAACAUCUAUACCUCGACAACAAUCAAAUUGGAGAUCAAGGUGCAAAAGAUCUUGUUGAAGGAUUACAAAAGAAUACAACGCUCACAAAUCUAUGCCUCGACCACAAUCAACUUGGAGAUCAAGGUGCAAAAGCUCUUAGUGAAGCAUUACAAAAGACUACCACACUCACAGCUCUAAUCCUCAGCAACAAUCAAAUUGGAGAUCAAGGUGCACAAGCCCUUGCUGAAAGAUUACAAAAGAAUACAACAUUCACAUAUCUAUACCUCGACAACAAUCAAAUUGGAGAUCAAGGUGCACAAGCUCUUGGUGAAGCGUUACGAAAGAAUACAGCACUCAAAAUUCUCAAGCUGCAAAACAAUCAAAUUGGAGAUCAAGGUGCACAAGCUCUUGGUGAAGCAUUACAAAAGAAUACCACGCUCAUACAUCUAUUGUUCGGGAACAAUCAAAUUGGACAUCAAGGUGCAAAAGCUCUUGGUGAAGGAUUAGAAAAGAAUACCACGCUCACAGAUCUAUACCUCGACAACAACCAAAUUGGAGAUCAAGGUGCAAAAACUCUUGGCAAAACACUACAAAAGAAUACCACGCUCACAGAUCUAUACCUCGACAACAACCAAAUUGGAGAUCAAGGUGCCAAAACUCUUGGCAAAACACUACAAAAGAAUACAACACUCACAAAUCUAUCCCUCAAUAAUAAUCAAACUCGAGAUCAAGGUGCACAAGCUCUUGGUGAAGCAUUACAAAAGAAUAUCACGCUCAGAGAUCUCCACCUCAAUAACAAUCAAAUUGGAGAUCAAGGUGCAAAAGCUCUUGGUGAAGGAUUAGAAAAGAAUACCACGCUCACAUAUCUAUACCUCCAGAACAAUCAAAUUGGAGAUCAAGGUGCAAAAGCUCUUGGUGAAGGAUUAGAAAACAAUACCACGCUCACAUAUCUAUACCUCGAGAACAAUCAAAUUGGACAUCAAGGUGCAAAAGCUCUUGGUGAAGGAUUAGAAAACAAUACCACGCUCACAUAUCUAUACCUCGAGAACAAUCAAAUUGGACAUCAAGGUGCAAAAGCUCUUGGUGAAGGAUUAGAAAACAAUACCACGCUCACAUAUCUAUACCUCGAGAACAAUCAAAUUGGACAUCAAGGUGCAAAAGCUCUUGGUGAAGGAUUAGAAAAGAAUACCACGCUCAGAGGUCUAUACCUCGACAACAAUCAAAUUGGAGAUCAAGGUGCACAAGCUCUUGGUGAGGCAUUACAAAAGAAUAGCACGCUCAGAGAUCUCCACCUCGACAACAAUCAAAUUGGACAUCAAGGUGCAAAAACUCUUGGCAAAACACUACAAAAGAAUACCACGCUCACAAGUCUAUACCUCGACAACAAUCAAAUUGGGGAUCAAGGUGCAAAAGCUCUUGGUGAAGCAUUACAAAAGAAUACCGCACUCCAAAUUCUCAAGCUGCAAAACAAUCAAAUUGGAGAUCAAGGUGCAAAAGCUCUUGGUGAAGGAUUGGAAAAGAAUACCACGCUCAGAGAUCUCCACCUCGAGAACAAUCAAAUUGGAGAUCAAGGUGCAAAAGCUCUUGGUGAAGGAUUAGAAAAGAAUACCGUACCCUUGAGUCCUGAAGUCCUAUUACAUGAAGGUAUCCUUAGGUCCUCAUCUCUAUUAUGUGAAGAUAUUCCAAGGGGGAAAUCUAUUCAAAACAAAGAUUUUAAUACAUUUGCUCAAAUUGUUAUGCUGGAUAGUGGUCAAUUUCAUGCUAUUUGUAUGGACACUUAUCCACCUGUUAUCUAUCUUAAUGAACAAUCAAAACACUUAAUCAAUUUGGUUCAUGCUUAUAAUAGUGAUCAAUCAAAAAUAAAAGUCGCGUAUACAUUUGAUGCUGGACCAAAUCCAUUUUGCUUUAUUCAGCAAGAAUAUCUUGAUGAAUUUCUUCAAUAUCUUCAAUAUUUUUAUCCAACAACAAAUGAUAACAAUUUACAUGUAUCCGUAUCUAAUAUAAAAAAUCUUUCACCAAUUGAUUUACCGAUUAUGCAAGAUGCACUUAAACGAAUUAUUCUUACACGAAUCGGAACAGGUUCAAAGAUUUUGGUGAAAACAACAAUGACCUAA